CUACCGUCUUUCCGACCAAAAAAAUACUUUCUCCUCUCUCUCUAAGCAAAACCCCAAACCGAACAGAAAAAUCCAGGCCCUCCAAUGGGCUCGAAAUCUUCGAUCUUUCUCCCAAUAACAGCCGUUAGAUCUAAGAAUCAGCUGUCCAAGCUCGGAGCUCCCGAUCUCUUCCGAAUAUCAGAUAUCAGUUGUUGUUGCUGUUGCCAAAGCUCCUAACUUUUAUAGAUUGGAUUUUUUUCCAUGCCUUUUGUUUGGAUCCAUCUCUCCGACGAAUCAAUUUCGCCGUAGCGACUGAAACUCUUCAGAUCUGAAGCUGUUUCUGUUUUCGUCGGCAGCUUCGGCGAUGUCAGGUUGUGUCCGUCGAGGAGUAUUGAAAAAGGUCCAAAUGUUAUUAUUGAAUUAUUUGCAAGUGUUAUAUGUCGUGGCAUUCUUUGUUGAAGCUGAACUUGCGCAUCAUAUCUCGUCAUCUCCUUCCAUAACUCCAGCCAUUGCUCCGUUGGUUGAAUGGAGUCACAUUCAUUCUGGAAUCAAGCCCCCGAGCACCAAUCUUCCCCUUCCCGUGACUCUUCCACCGUUCCGUAGACUACAUAGAAAGCAUUUUGCACCACAUGGAGUACCUUCUCCUGUGCCAGUGCCGGCUCAUCCUCCUCACUACGGAUCAUUAAGGACUUUUAGCCACCCACCCUCUUCGAGUUCACCACGUUUAUCAAAACCAUCGAUGCAGAGGAACCAACACCUUGCUCCCAAUUCCAGUCAUGCAACUCCCCGUUUAUUGGAUAUUGCCCCGACACAUUCCAAUGCUACAGUUCCCUCUGGUUUCACUCAACCGCCUUUGUCUCCUGAUAUCUCUGAUUGUUGUGGGCCUGACAUGAUUCCUAAACGGGGCAGUCAGGUUUGCCGGUGCGUGUAUCCAAUAAAACUUGAGCUGUUUCUUCUGAAUGCUUCACUAAGUUCGAAUUGGAGUGCUGCGUUCUUGGAAGAAUUAGCUUCUCAACUCAGUUUGCGAGUUUCGCAGUUUGUGAUCACCAACUUUUAUGUGGUUGGGUUAUCUGGUUUGAAUAUUACAAUGGAUAUUGCUCCACAUACAGGGAUCAGUUUCUCUGCCAGUGACGUGUAUACGAUGAAUACUUCUCUCACUACACAUAAGGUUCGUCUGGACCCUACACUCGUUGGUGACUACAAGCUUCUUAAUUUAACCUGGUUUAAACCUCCGGCUCCUUCUCCUGCUCCAGCCUUGGGCAUUUCACCUAUAGCUGCUCCAUUUCAUUUGCCAUCUACGCCAGCAUCAUCUUCUGCUGCUAACAGGGGGAAGCAUCAAAGUUUGAUUCUUAUUCUUUGUAUAGGUGCUGGCCUUCUAGCCGUCAUCAUUAGUAUAUCUGUGCUAGUCAUUUGUUCAUAUAAAUCUGAUCAGAGAAAGAAGAACGCACCAUCCAUAGAAACAGCUAAGCAGCAAACUACAGAUGCAGUUUCUGUAGAUGGUUCUCUUCCUCACCCCACCACCAGUACACGGUUUAUUGCAUAUGAAGAGCUUAAAGAAGCAACAAAAAAUUUUGAACGUGCAAGCAUGCUUGGUGAGGGAGGAUUUGGGCGGGUCUUCAAGGGUGUGUUAAGUGAUGGAACACCUGUCGCUAUCAAGAAGCUUACUAGUGGAGGGCAUCAAGGGGAUAAAGAGUUCUUGGUUGAGGUUGAGAUGUUGAGCAGGCUACAUCAUCGGAAUCUCGUGAAACUUGUGGGUUACUAUAGCAACCGUGACUCUUCACAGAACCUUCUCUGUUAUGAACUUGUUCCAAAUGGAAGCUUAGAGGCCUGGCUCCAUGGCCCACUGGGAGCAAAUUGUCCUUUGGAUUGGGACACCAGAAUGAAAAUUGCCCUUGAUGCUGCUAGAGGGCUUGCAUACCUACACGAGGAUUCCCAGCCUUGUGUCAUCCACAGGGAUUUCAAAGCCUCCAAUAUAUUACUUGAGAAUGAUUUUCAUGCUAAGGUUGCUGAUUUUGGUCUGGCCAAACAGGCUCCUGAAGGCCGGGCAAAUUAUCUGUCUACUCGUGUGAUGGGCACAUUUGGGUAUGUAGCCCCCGAGUAUGCCAUGACUGGACAUCUACUAGUAAAGAGUGAUGUAUACAGCUAUGGGGUUGUUCUCCUUGAGUUGCUGACAGGAAGGAGGCCUGUGGAUAUGUCACAGCCAUCAGGCCAAGAGAACCUCGUAACUUGGGCCCGGCCAAUUCUUCGAGACAAGGACAGGUUAGAAGAGCUUGCAGAUCCCAAGCUAGCGGGGAAGUACCCAAAAGAAGAUUUUGUGCGUGUGUGCACUAUUGCGGCAGCGUGUGUUGCCCCCGAAGCAAGCCAGCGGCCCACAAUGGGAGAAGUAGUGCAGUCCCUUAAAAUGGUUCAGCGCAUAACAGAAUACCAAGAGUCCGUCUUAGCCACCUCAACCCGUCCCAAUAUCAGACAGUCAUCAACUACAUAUGAAUCUGAUGGAACGUCAUCAAUGUUCUCUUCUGGCCCAUUUUCAGGCCUUAGCGCAUUUGACAACGACAACAUUUCUAGAACGGCAGUGUUCUCGGAAGAUCUGCAUGAGGGGCGAUGAGAUUGUGAUGGCUUGGUUGGAAGAAGAAGAUAAUGGUUCAAUGACGAGCAUGUAAGGAAGGUGGAGGAAGGUCUGGCGUGACAGUUUGGAAAUGGAAGGGGUUUUGCUAUUGGAUGUCUUUCUUGCUUUUUUUCCCCUCAUUGCGGUGGAGAAUCACUUCAGUUUUCCCCAGGCGGUGGUGGUUCUCUGUAUGAUAACCUUGUAUAUUUUCCACCAAGUGUUUGUAAGCUUGAAUUGGUUUUGAAGCUUUUCCUU